AUGGCGACCUACGAUUCCAACAGACAGGGCUAUCAACAUUCGCAAUACUACCCACCGGCAUCACAACAACAACCACCCUACCCAAUAUCACCAGCUCCGCAGUCUCAGCCUCACAACUACUUCCCCCCGAUCCAGGAACAACAACCAGUAUACUCCUCGUCGCCCUCUCAGCCAUUGUACUCUUCAUCCCCGCAAUCCACACACAUCAUGAUGCCGCAACCACAAAUCAGCCACCACCGCCGCUCCUCGUCCUCUUCCUCAUACAACAGCCAGCGACAAACACACAUGCAGCCUCAGCCCACAUCGAUGCCCGUCCGGCAACCAGACACCCAACAAUAUCAAUACCCCACGUCCUACCCCCCACCCGUCACCUACGCGCAACAAGCCCCAGUAUACGCUCGUCCAUCUUCCCAACAUAGCCACUACAGUCACCACAGUGAGCACGCAUACGACCCCCAUGCGUACGCCGACGGCGAGGACAAGUACGAAGGACAUCACUACCAUCAUUACGGACAUCGUCACGAUGACCAUUACGGCAGUGGGCUAGGUGAGGAUACAGUGGGAGAGUAUAAGCGACGGUAUGCCAAGAACCAGAAACUGGAAAAGCGGCCUACGCUGGGAGAUAGUUUGUACAAAACUAUUGGUAAGGUGGGGAAGAUUUUGGGGUCGGAGAGGCAUUAG